UAUGCCGGUUUCUGUUUCUUCCACAGUCGUUUUCUCUGUUGGCAACGUCGAAUGUGACUUUUGGUUGAAUUGUAAACAACGUCGGAAAAAUGUACGGAUUUGUCAACUAUGCCUUAGAAGUUUUGGUAGUAAAAACGUUCGGGGAAGAGACAUGGGAAAUUAUAAAAAAAAAAGCAGAAUUUCAGAUGGAAGGACAUUUUUUGGUUAGACAAAUCUACGAAGAUGAAGUAACUUACAAUAUCAUAGGCGCAGCUGUGGAAAUACUAAAAAUACCCGCUAAUGCUAUUUUAGAACUUUUUGGGAAAACUUUCUUUGAAUUUUGCCAGGAUUCUGGUUAUGAUAAAAUAUUGCAAGUAUUAGGUGCCACUCCAAGAGAUUUUUUGACGAAUUUAGAUGCCCUUCAUGAUCAUUUAGGCACACUGUACCCUGGAAUGAGAGCACCUUCAUUCCGUUGCACCGAAAGACCAGAGGAUGGCGCUCUCAUUUUGCAUUACUAUUCUGAUAGGCCAGGACUGGAACAUAUUGUUAUUGGAAUUGUAAAGACUGUCGCAAGUAGAUUACACAACACUGAGGUGGAUAUAGAAGUUAUAAAGACCAAAGAAGAAUCCGAUCACGUCCAGUUUUUGAUCACUGAAAAGUCUGGACCAAGAAAGUCUCAACUACCCGAAAUAGAUGAAAUCGAAACACUUUCUUUAGAACCAAAGGUUAGUCCAGCCACGUUCUGCAGGAUUUUUCCCUUUCACAUUAUGUUCGAUGCAGAAAUGAAAAUUGUACAAACAGGAUUCUCAGUAGCAAGGAUCAUUCCAAAAGUUAACUCACCUCAAUGUAAAAUUACAGACGUAUUGGAUCCUGUUCGUCCGCAUCUGGAGCUAACGUUCGAGAAUAUUCUGUCGCAUAUCAAUACGAUUUACGUUUUAAAGACACGCACGGGAGUGAUGCAAGUAAAUGCUCCUCCCGAGUGUCGUUACCUGAGGCUUAAAGGCCAAAUGCUCUACGUUCCCGAAUCAGAUCUGAUUGUCUUUCUUUGUUAUCCCAGCGUCGUCAGUUUGGAUGAUUUAACAAGGAGAGGUUUAUAUAUUAGCGAUAUUCCACUUCAUGAUGCUACAAGGGAUUUAGUUUUAAUGUCUGAACAAUUUGAGGCUGACUACAAGCUCACAAGAAAUUUAGAAUUUUUAACUGAUAAAUUGCAACAGACUUACAGGGAACUGGAUAGAGAAAAGAUAAAAACUGAUAGAUUACUGUACUCAGUAUUGCCAAUAACUGUUGCCAAUGAAUUAAGACAUCAACGACCAGUACCGGCUAGAAGAUACGAAUGUGCCACCGUUUUAUUUUCUGGGAUCGUGGGAUUUUCCGAAUAUUGCGCAAAAAAUUCAGAUUCAAAGGGAGCCAUGAAAAUCGUCAGAUUACUUAAUGAACUUUACACUAACUUCGAUGAUCUCUCUGACCCAAAAAUAAACCCAAAUAUUUACAAGGUUGAAACUGUUGGCGAUAAAUACAUGGCUGUAAGUGGAAUACCUGAACCAUGUGCGACCCAUGCCAAGAACAUUGCUAAAUUAGCUCUGGAUAUGAUGGAUCGGAGUCAGACAGUAACUUUUGAAGGAGAAGUUGUGAGAAUUACUAUUGGCAUCCACUGUGGAGAAGUAGUUACUGGAGUUAUAGGUCAAAGAAUGCCAAGGUUUUGUCUAUAUGGAAAUACUGUAAAUUUGACUAGCAGAACAGAAACAACUGGUGCACCUGGAAAAAUAAAUAUCACCAAAGAUGUUUACAGUAUUUUGUGUGAUGGAGAAAAUUAUGAUGAACAGUUCUGCUUCGAAUACAGAGGACCCAUUUCAAUGAAAGGAAAAUCUGAACCUAUGGAUGUCUACAACCUUUCAAGAUCUUAAAUGAAGAGAUAACGUUCCAAAAAGUAUGACUAAUAACGAAAUAUUUUAAUAAAUGUUACAUUUUGUCACAUUUUUUCUAGUCAAUCGUUGUUUAAUUUUAUUUGUUGAACUACGUUGUAAUAUUUUAAAUAGAAUAUUAAAAAUAAUUACGUUCUA